CCCCGCCCUCCGUCGGUGGGUCCCGUGUCGGCGGCGGACGCUCCCGCGGGCCUCGCUACCGGACGACGACGACGACGAGGAGGACGAGGACGAGGAGCAGGACGAGGAGCAGCGAGGCGCACGCCCAACAUGGCGGCGGGGGCUGCGGGGGGCGGGGGCGGCGGGCCGGAGCUGGUCCGCGGGCAGCUCUUCGACGUGGGCCCGCGCUACACCAACCUCUCCUACAUCGGCGAGGGCGCCUACGGCAUGGUCUGCUCCGCCUACGAUAACGUCAAUAAAGUUCGGGUGGCCAUCAAGAAGAUCAGCCCCUUCGAGCACCAGACGUAUUGCCAGAGAACUCUGCGGGAGAUCAAGAUCUUACUGCGCUUCCGGCACGAGAAUAUCAUCGGCAUCAAUGACAUCAUCCGCGCCCCGACCAUCGAGCAGAUGAAAGAUGUCUACAUCGUGCAGGACCUGAUGGAGACGGACCUCUACAAGCUCCUGAAGACGCAGCACCUCAGCAACGACCACAUCUGCUAUUUCCUCUACCAGAUCCUGAGGGGCCUCAAGUACAUCCACUCCGCCAACGUCCUGCACCGGGACCUCAAGCCCUCCAACCUGCUGCUCAACACCACGUGCGACCUCAAGAUCUGCGACUUCGGGCUGGCGCGGGUCGCCGACCCGGACCACGACCACACGGGCUUCCUGACGGAGUACGUGGCCACGCGCUGGUACCGGGCCCCCGAGAUCAUGCUCAACUCGAAGGGUUACACCAAGUCGAUCGACAUCUGGUCCGUGGGCUGCAUCCUGGCCGAGAUGCUGUCCAACCGACCCAUCUUCCCGGGGAAGCACUAUCUCGACCAGCUGAACCACAUCCUCGGCAUCCUCGGGUCCCCGUCGCAGGAAGACCUGAACUGCAUCAUCAACCUGAAGGCCAGAAAUUACCUGCUCUCCCUUCCCCACAAAAACAAGGUGCCGUGGAACAGGCUGUUUCCGAACGCCGAUCCCAAAGCUCUGGAUCUGCUGGAUAAGAUGCUGACCUUCAACCCGCACAAGAGGAUCGAAGUGGAGCAGGCGCUGGCCCACCCCUAUCUGGAGCAGUAUUACGACCCCAGCGAUGAGCCUGUAGCCGAGGCCCCGUUCAAGUUCGACAUGGAGCUCGAUGACCUGCCCAAGGAGAAGCUGAAGGAGCUCAUUUUCGAGGAGACGGCGCGAUUCCAGCCGGGACACCGAUCGUAACUGCCCGCAGGGGGAGGGCUCGGAGGACCGACGGCCCCUCGCCACCGACGCCCCCUUCCCGGCCGUCUCCCCCCCGGCCCCGUGUCGCGCGGCCCGUCUCCGCCCUCCCGGUCGCUCCGGAGGCGGCCCCUGGUAGUUGUGGCUUUUCUCUGCUUUCGAUGAGUUCUUUCAGUGCGAAGAAUCGUGAUUGACA